AGAGCUUAGCAAUUAGAUAGUCUGAAGCAAACCAUCCCAUGCCUAAGAGUCCACCACAACCCAUAUCUCGUCUCCAGACACCAAGAUGCAUUCCAGUAAUGACUCCAUCACCAUCACCCCAGAACAGACUCUGCGAGAUCUCCACUCAUCCCCGACCAAAGUCUCUCCUUGUCUCACCUCCUUGUCCAAUUGCCAGUUUGUCCUCAUCCCGGUACUCUACUGUAUCAUCUUUAUCGUUGGACUGUUGGGUAACAGCAUAGUGAUUACAGAGCUGUGUCGGCAGAGGAGUCCAAAGACGGUGGCCAACGUCUACAUCGUCAACUUGGCGGUGGCGGACUUGCUAGCCCUGGCCACUGUCCCUUUCUGGACAGCUUACUACGCCUAUGGAUACAACUGGCUCUUUGGCUCAGUGAUGUGCAAAAUCUCCAGCUCAGUCCUUUCCCUGACCAUGUUUGCAAGCAUCUUCUUCAUCACGUGCAUGAGCAUCAACCGCUACCAAGCCAUUGUCCACCCAUUUCAAUCCCAGCAAGGCACGCUGCGGCAGGCCUUCCUUACCGCCCUGCUGGUUUGGAUCCUGGCAGCCUUGACUUCCCUGCCCAGCAUCUAUUUCCGUGACAUCAAAUAUAUCAAAGAGUUGGACGUGACUGCCUGCAUCAUGGCCUACCCGUCAGAGAAGUACUCCAACUGGUCGGCCGGAACAGCCUUAAUGAAAAUCACUCUUGGCUUCCUGGUCCCGAUGGUCAUCAUCACCAUCUGCUACGUUUGGAUCCGGGUGCACUUGAUAAGGGCCCGGAGUUUUCGGAAAAGCAAGCAAAUGAGGGACCGAGUGUUGAAGCUGGUGGCCGCCGUGGUGGUGGCCUUCCUCAUCUGUUGGCUGCCCUUCCACACCUUGACUUUCCUCGACGCCCUGUCCUGGAUGGGAGUGAUUAGCAACUGCAGCAUCACGACUGUGAUUGACACGGCCUUGCCCUUUGGCCUCUGCAUGGGGUUCACUAAUAGCUGCAUCAACCCUCUGUUGUACUAUUUCAUUGGCAGACAGUUCCAGGACAAACUGCCACAUUUGUUGAAGCUGAGGCUCUACCAGUUCAACAGCAACCGAGAAAACUUUUGCUCCAGAAAAAGUAGUUCCAUCAAAACCACCGAGUCCCCGGUGGAUCCAGAAAGAGGAGGAGACACCAAAAGGCCACUGGCACACCCGCUGUGGGUUCCCUGUGCCACAUCUGGAAAUAGUUAAGAGGAUGUUGCACACUCUCUCUUUUUCGCUCUCUUUUGUUCUUUCCUGGUCUCCCUUUUGCACAUCUUCUGGAGAACAAACUGUUCCGAGAAGACCAUGUUUUCCAUUUCCUGGGGGGGAAUUCUACCCCUUCCAAAAGAGCUGUCACAUAUUUUAAUUGUGUUGGAUUUUUGUUGUUGUUGUUUUAAAUUGGGGUGUACUUCAUCACCAAUAAACAUCUGAAGAACAUUACCAACCCAGCAGCUUUCUGGGACUUGGGUAGUCCA